AAUGUGGAAUAACCCAAAUUUCUCCCGGUAAGACAACUAAUGAGGUGUCCCCCAACACGGUAUAUAAGGGAGAAUGUUGAAUCAAAAGUGUUGGGUUGUAUAGGGCAUUUUGCUUCCUCCCGCAUACAAGAAUCGAAAUAGAAAAAAGUUAAAAAAAGUAAAAAGCGGCAGAUAGAAGACGAGCGGGAGCCUUGUCGGAGCCCUAGCGGAACUCGCGAGUCGCGACCCCCGUCGAACCACUCUCCCAGCCUCCAAGCCUCCCAGCCUUGUUCGCCGGACAUAUCAGGCCUGCUCGACGACGAUCUUGGCUAGACUGGAAGCAUCUCCUCUGUCGAAGCAGCCUAUUCUUCGUUGAAGGGUCGACCCGAAGCUCUUCUCUGAGUUCUCUCUCGAAAGAUCGAAGCAUUUGGGUCUUUGCCAAACAUUGUGUUAAGUCGUGAAAUUUGGGAAGGGAGAGACAAGGUUCGGAUUGAUUUUGGGGAAGAUAAUAAAAACUUGAAAGUAGCCCCUCUGAAGCAGCAUAGAGUCCUCCUCUCUUCUCUCCUCUGGCCGUUUGCUGCCCACUCUAGAGCCCUAGGAAUGAUGAGGGCAAAGAAUUUCAGGAAAAGAACAAGCAUUCAAGAAGAUGAUCAUUAUGCUGGAAAGAGCCAGUCCGAUGAUGAAGAAGAUAGGAGAUUGGUGCUGGAGGAGGUGAAAUUGUUGCAGAAGCAGAGGGAGAGAAAAUCAGGGAUUCCUGCAAUCCCUGCAAUGCAAAUUGCGGCAGGUGUGAUUCCCAAACUCAACGACAACAAGAACGAUGGUGAUGGUGACAAGGAGGAGUUGGUUCUACAGGACACCUUUGCUCAGGAGACUGCUGUCAUGGUUGAAGAUCCCAAUAUGCUGAAGUAUGUUGAACAAGAAUUAGCGAAGAAAAGAGGCAAGAAGAUUGAUGCUAGAGAUCAAGUUGAGAAUGAUUUAAAGCGUGCAGAGGACGAAUUAUAUGUAAUUCCAGAGCAUCUUAAAGUGAAGAGGCGAAACUCAGAAGAAAGCUCUACUCAGUGGACUACUGGAAUUGCAGAAGUUCAGCUUCCCAUCGAAUACAAACUUAAAAACAUUGAGGAAACAGAAGCUGCCAAAAAGCUUCUACAGGACAAAAGGCUUAUGGGCCGGACUAAAACAGAAUUGAGCAUCCCUUCAAGUUACAGUGCAGAUUACUUCCAACGUGGCAAGGAUUAUGCAGAAAAGCUUAGGAAAGAGCAUCCUGAGCUGUACAAAGAUAGGGUUGCUCAGGAUAAUGGUGGGGGUUCUAGACAGACUGAUAAUAGCACAGAUGCAGCGGGAAGAAGGCAAGCUGCAACAGACGAGUUCAUGCUAGAGCGUUUCCGCAAACGAGAGCGCCACCGUGUGAUGAGAAGAUGACACAAGCUUGAACUUCUGCUGCAAGUUUGUCAACAGAAUGUUGAACAUUGUUGGCGUUUCAACCCACAUGUCAAUAUGUUGCAGGUCCAGGUUAUACAUUUAGCAAGAGAAGACAUUUUGUGAGUACCUUUGUUCUAUUUCUUCAUGGAUUGAAUAUUGAACCUGUAACUAAUGUAACAAAACUGAUUUUCUGCCCCCCAACCUUUAAUUUCUCUAUCAAGCCAUCCAUCUUAUCAAUUGUUACCAUAUUUUUUAAAAGGCUGGCUUCAGUCCAAAGAAUUGUCAUUUCAAUGUACAGUUGUCAUGUUGGCAAAGAUUAUCAUCAUUAGCAUGUAUUCUAUUUUUAAUUUUUAGGGUCGCUUUAUGAUACACACUUGCAAAUUCAUUCCUCCUAUAUAAAUAAGCCUUGUUGCGAUUCA